GCCUUUUGCGGUGCGUUCAGGGACGUUUGUUUUUUUUCCGUGUUUGAAAGUUGUCAACAGAAGAAGCGGAGCUGCUUCUAACCGACAGCUCGGAGGACCGGGAGGAGGAGGAAUGGGCUGCAGCCACAGCACGAAGAAAAGCAAAGGCAAGCCGGGUGAGAAGAACCAGAAACAGAAGCAGAGACGCCGAGAUGUCGCAGCUUCGCGUGCGUCAGCUGAUCCGGACGUCGGCCUGCAGAAGCAGCUAGAGCGAUUUGAUUGGCAGCUGAGGAUUCUGAAGGAGGCCAAUGGGAACCCGGAGAGGGCGGAGCUUCUGAGGGAGCACGCCGACGAGGAGGUGUGCUCCCUCGUGCUGAGCAUCCUCGAUAAGGUGAAGACGGAGACGGUGGCGGGUCUAAACGUUCUGCACCAACAGAAAAAUAAAUCUGCAACUGAAGAACACGAGAGGAACGUGAACGAGCUGCAGAAGAAACACGAAGAAGAGAAAACUGAACUGACGGAAACAUUUCAGGCUGCAGAAAACAUCCUGAAGGGUCAAGUGGAGCAGCUUUCUGCAGACCUGCAUGUUUACAACGAGCUGAGGAAGAGGGUUGAACAGUCCACGUUCAAGAAGGACCUGCAGAGGAACAUUCAGGCCCAUGGCAGCCCCGGUGCAUUCUGGGAGUCCGAGCAGGAGUCUCUGCUGUUUGUGAUUGAGAUGAAGAGCGAGCGCGUGCAGGAGCAGAGCCGGAAGCUGCUGCAGAUGGAGGAUCUGGUGGAGAAGAAUCUGUCUCUGGAGGAUCAGAUCAUCCUCGUCCUGCAGCAGAACGAGGACCUGAGGGUCCGGAUAGACAACUGCCAGACCUUCAUGCAGCAGCUAUCGAAGGAGCAGCAGGACCUGAAGGUGGCGCUGGAGAGGCAGGCGGUGAUUAACCAGAACCUUUCUCAGGAGAAAGAGCAGCUCAUAUUCAAACUGAGGCACAGAGACUCGUGUCCCAGCAUGCACCUGCCCGUCAUGAUGCAGGAAAUUGCGCCCAGAUGAUCCCCCGGUGUUCCUUCAAGAAGCAGGGAUGUGAACUUUUCAUAAUACAAAUAUUUAGUUAUUUUUUCAAUGAUGCGCGAGCUGUGUGCCGGAGUCUUCCUGUCUGUCGGCUGAACUCCGCUGCUACAGGAUGACGGUUUAACAUCAGCAGCUACGUUACCUACAGGUGCGUUACCUACAGGUGCGUUACCUACAGGUGCGUUCGGACAGUCACUCUGGCACAAACUGGACGUUGGUGAACUCAGUGCUUUGGGAACGGUUUAAUCGGGCCGUUCGGAUACUCAGAGCAGAGCUUAGUGUCCACUCAAGGAUGUUGUGAUGAGGACUUUAAGGUGUCAAUAAGCAUCCUGGAGAUCCUCAUAAUCAAACACAAUAAAGUGAUUUAUAGUAUUCCCUAUCACGUUUCCCUCUGAAUUCGAACAAGGACGUUUUAAUGCUGUUUCUACACGAAAUGCAAAGAAAAUGUUUGUCUUAUUGUGGUAUAAUUUGAUUAUUUUAAACCCCAAAUAAUCACAUGUUGCGGUGCAUUUAUCUGAAAUAACUCCAUAAUGAUACCAAUUUGUAAAAAGUCUGAAUUCAUGCUUUGUCAGGACUUUCCAAAAGACAAAAAGCCAACUGCUUUUAAAAUGCUUGUUUUGUGAAUGGAGUUUGGGACAUCAAGGCUAACCUGACAAUUUCGCUGCUCCAUCAACAUUCAAGUCACAUAAUUUAGGUAUAAGUACGGCAGCAACAGUAUUGUUUAUACCAUAAAUAGUCCAGGGUGUGUACACAGAUAUAGACUAUUAUGGGCUAAUACUGUAGAGCUGAUAGGCUUUCCUUUUACAGUUCAAGUAAACCUUGUGGAUUCAAACACUUGUCAACAAACUAAGCUGAACUGUAACGCUCCCCCAGCAACUUCUAUCAUCUGGGAUUUUCUUAGUUUUGUUCAAACCAGAUGCCAAAUCAUUUGUCUUUUAUUGUAGUCACUUAGCUUUUACUCAUUUCCUGUUUGUGCCUUGCUUUAGGUUUUUCAUUUGUGUCCCAACUUUAUCACAAAUUGAUGUUGCUGGAGUCGGCUGAUGCAUUUUAAUGUAAAGUUAGCAUUGCUACUGUUAAGGGAAGACACCACUUCACUUUCAGUGUCAAAUGUAUAUAUAUGGUAUUCAGGAGCUGAUUUAUUUUGGGGAUUUAAAAUUGUUUUAUGAGACUCAUAAUCAAACAUUUUCUCAACAAAUCUCAUUUUGUUAUUGAUUAAAUUCUACAUGUUAUAACCCAUACUGCAUACCUCUAGAACAACUGACUUAACCCUGUGAGAUUUCCUGUACCUUGAGAUUUGCUAAUUUAGGAUAUGAACUUGCUAAAAUACUUCUACCUGGAAGCAUGUUACUUUUAGCAAGCUACCGUUAGCAUGUUAGCAUUGGGCUUAAAGUGUUUAACCCUGUAAGCAAUGUACUGUUUUUUUAUUUAGUAAAAUAAGUUCUGUUCUAAAUGAAACCUCAUGAUAACUUUAGAUUUGUGUUAUCUUUAAAUUUGUGUUUUGCUCCAGUGAUGAAUUCUCGAAAAUGUUGAAACCCCCACAUUUUGGGAUUUUGUUGCUGCGAAACAUUGCAGACUAAAGAUGGGAUGCUAAAUACCACCUUGUUAACAACAUUAGUUGGUCAAAUGCUUGUUAAUCUUUAGCAUGUUAGCAUUGAGUGCACAUUUCAGCUCAAGCACACCUUAAGUUAAAUUUAGUUUCCAGCUCUUCUAUUGGAAAUCUUAGAAUGACAGUGUUGUUUUACCAAUCAAACAACUUUGUUUUUGUAGGUGUUUUAAGCCUUAAAUCCUAUUGGGGCUGCUAACAUGGCUCUAGACUAUAUGAAUGCCGUCACACCAGUUCAAUGACUGAGCAAAAUGUAUCCUUACAAAGUAGAUAGCACUAGGGUUUGUUGAUGCAGUUAGCUCUUAGCAGGCUAUUUGGCUAGUUACUGUUAGCUUGUUAGCUAACCAAUUAUGCUAGCUUGCCAUUAUCAAUCUGGCAUGAUUAAGCUAAAAUAGCUCACAAUGUUAGCUGGGUUUUAGCUAACAAGCUAGCUAGCUCAGUCAUAAACCAGACAAUCAGUUUAAAUAGACAACUCCUGUCAGACAACUGGAUUUAAUUAUACAGCUAACGGCUAAUUUUGCGAAGUGAUUCAGCAUAUUUGAUAGCUUCCACCAAUUUGGAUCUUUUAGCUAGCUUUGUUUCUUCAGAUAUUAGCACUGUUAGCCACCAAAUAAUGAGGCAAAGUUUUCUUCUCAGUUUUUUCCCUGUCAUUUUAAAUGCUGGUUCCACUUGGCCCUCAAUCUGAGUUAAUCCUUUACAGCCGUUUUCUAUCAUAGAGGUUUUUUACUUAACUACCCAAUACAUAAUAAUCACACAACAAUAAUCACUGUAAAGGUAUUGCCUUUACAAUGUUUGAAAACUGUCAUAUAUAGGCCUAUUGUUACCUUUUAAAGAUGUGAAAUAUAUUGCUCUGUUUUUCCUUUCUGUUAACUUGACAAUGGAUUUAUCGGAUGUGACGUUUGUAUUGCCAAAAAAACAUGUCAGUAUUUUGACAGCUCAUUCUCCUUAUGCACUAGCACUUUGACCAGUAUUUUACUGAGGUUUGUAUGAGAGAUUUUUCCAUGUUGUACAGUUUUAAUUUUUUGCCUACUUCCAUGUAAAAACGUACUUCAUCUUUUCUUAGUUGGAUUUUAUUCCCGCGGAUUGUUUUUGUUUGUUUUUCGCUUGACUAAAUAAAAAGCUGCAAUUUUUU